AAGGCUACUGUUGGCGCAGUUGGCUUCUCGGUAGUAAUACUAAUCGUUUGCAUGGGCACGAUUUUACAUAUAUACAACGACAUGAGAGAUGCUUGGACCGAGCUUGACAAUGAAAUGACUGCAUUCAAGACGCUCACCGACGAUCUGUGGAAUGACCUUCUUCAACUAGGUGCGGGUACACCACAGAAUCGGCAACGCCGUCAGUACGGUGGAUAUGGAGCAAGCUAUGGAAGUGAUUCAAACGGUGAACAAGACAAUGAUGGUGACACCAUUCAAGGAUCAAUCAUUUCGCCGAGUUUCAACCCGAUAUCAGGCGGUGGCCGUCGAAUCAGUGGAAGAAUUGGAGGUUUUGCAGCUACGUGCACGUGUAAUCUUAAAAACAACUGUCCACCCGGAGAUGCCGGUUCACAAGGAGAGAACGGUGAGGAUGGUCUUCAUGGUUUAGAUGGCAAAGAUGGUAUAGAUGGGUUUGAUGCUGAGGAUGUUAUAAGUUCGCAUGCAGUGGGGUGCUUCCGUUGUCCACCCGGAUUGCCAGGCCCACCUGGUCCAUCCGGCAUAUCGGGGGUCAGGGGGAUGCGAGGAGCAGCAGGGCAUCCUGGUAAUCCCGGAAGAGAUGGUCAGCCUGGUCGACCAGGAGAGAUGGGUCCACCUGGAACUGAAGGCGAACAAGGAUCAUCUGGUACUCCUGGAGAAAAAGGUAUGGAUGGAGAAAGACCCAUCCCUAGACAAGGACUGAAAGGACCUCAAGGUGAUAACGGGCCGGAAGGAGGAGUCGGCGAUCCAGGUGCAGAUGGACUUCCUGGCUCACCAGGAAAUGAAGGUGAUAUCGGCUCUCAAGGAGCAACUGGAGCUUCAGGACUAGCUGGUGAAGAAGGUUCAGCUGGACCCAGUGGACGACCCGGCGAAGAUUCUGAAUACUGUCCAUGUCCGGAUCGUUCGGACAAUCCUGAUGGAUCCCGUUGA